AUGUUGGCAGUGCACGCAUCUCUGGUCGUGACACAGAUUUGCUUCGCGGGUUUUGAGAUUCUGGCGAGGAUAGCGCUCGUCGAUGGAGUCGACCAUCUCGUCUUUACGUUGUAUCGCAAUUUCCUGGCUUCCAUUCUCCUCCUUCCCAUUGCUUACUUUGUGGAGAAGAAGCAAAGGCCAGCGCUAAACUUUAAGUUCGUUCUUCUCUUCUUUGGCCUCGCUUUGCUUGGGGUGACGAUCAAUCAAAUGUGUUAUUUAAUUGGACUCCAGUACACAAACACUGUCAUCGCUUCAGCACUUCGGAAUUUAAUCCCAGUUCUUACAUUCGUGCUCGCAACAAUCUUAAGGGUCGAAGAACUGGACGUGAAAAAACUGGAUGGAGUGGCCAAAAUCUUGGGAACACUCCUGGGACUCGUUGGAGCAGUGCUGCUCUCUUCACACCAUCCCACAGUCAGAGAAAUACUUCGCCACCAAUUUCUUCGAAGAAGAGGUGAUCUUGAGCUCCAAACAAGUGGAUGGGAGCUUGGCAUUGGCUGCCUCCUCCUGGCCUUCCUCUCCUUCGCGCUCUUCCUCGUUCUCCAAUCUCUCCUCCUCAAGAAAUACGCCGCUCCAUUCUCGAUUGGAGCAUUCUCGUGUUUGUUCAGCACGCUCCAGUUGGGAAUCAUCUCGGGAUUGAUUGGAUCUGGAUUUGUAUCCGGAGUCCAAUCUUGGGGAGUUCAUAAAGGAGGACCCGUGCUCGUCGCUGCUUAUCAGCCACUGGAGACUGUUCUAGUCACACUUUUCUACGUUUUCUUCGGUGGACAGGCACUAGAUCCUCUCAGGUGA